ACCGAGGUGUGGAGUUGUUCGACGGUAGGAAAAUACGGCGUGUUGCUAUGAGCGUUUCUUUCGGCCUUUUCUUGGCCAUCCUUCUUAAUAUCUCCGCCCAGCAGUCAGCGUCGACCACCCGCCGCUGUAGAAAGAAUGAUAAACACGAUGCUCUCUUCGCAUCAAACAUCACCGACCGAAAGGAACGGCUGUUGCGCUGGGAACACGUGACGGUGAAUGGGGUAGAAAACAAAUCGGCCACCUAUCCGGUCAUUUAUCCUGAAAAAGAAGACCACCCAGCCACCCUAACUCACAUCCAAGUGGAUGAUUACAUGCCCGAAGGAAAAGGCGGCUGCGUCUUCCUCAUAUCCGGCGGAGUUCAGUCCGAUAAAGUCACUCUACACUUAAGAAUUCAGAAAGGCUCAGGGAUGAACUUCACCGUCGUUAUAUUUGGUAUACCCAAGAGAGCUCGUUCAAAUAAACAGAAAAAAAGGCGUUCGGGCAGUUCAUCUGUUUUUCUAUGAAUUAACCUUCGACGAUUUCACUGAAAAUCUUCGUUUUACUAUCUACAUCAUAUCUGGUUAAAAUAUACUAUACCUUGACAGCAGAUGGACUUCAUGUAAUGCUUUGUAAUAUGUAAGCCGUCCAUAAAAGAAUAAAACAGUUCGUUAA